AUGAGGUCUACGAUUUUGGUACUUCUGUGGAUCGGAGCCAUUAGGGCGUCUUUUGGGAAUCAAACCCAUCUGGUGGGCUCCUCUUUGGAGAAUCGCAUUCUAUCGCGACGGGUGCGUGCUUUGGUAUUUCCCGAUAAGGCUUCCCUUCUCCUGACCGCCGCCCUAACCAAACUCAUUUUGGGCGGACGACCAAGUGGCCUUCAGUACAGCUUGGAGUUUGAUAUGUACGUUCCGGUUCCCGACACCAUUGAGGGUUGGCAGCCCAAGAUCCUGAAGAAGAUGAAGCCAAAGCCCAUGCCAAUGUCAAUGCCAAAACGCCGAUAUGAUUGGUCAUAUAGCAAAAGACUUGAAAGCUAUUAUCCAUACUAUGCGAAGCCACAUAGAAAUGCUCAUUACGAUAGUCCCGGCAUUAGCCGUAGAGUUCCAUUCUACCAAACAACAUUGAGGGAUUCAUUUUCCCAAGCUCCAUGGCAUUUAUCCUCGCCCACUAAUCGCAGGAAAGAGUUCUAUGAAUCGAGACCCACAUUGAAUAGAGCCUCAUUCUAUCACAGCCCAUGGAGUUUGUCUGCAAAUCAGAGAAACUCAUAUCCACCGGAGGAAGAAGUUUAUGAGUCCUGGGAUCAAGUGCCUAGUUGGAAGUUACAUCGUGGAUACAGAGAACGCAGAGAGAUUUUCGAUCAGCUUGAGGCCAUGGGAAAAGUUUUUCAGUUGGACCUAAGGUCCUGUAUCAAGAGAGCCAUGUGUGAACUAAGAGCCAAGUUAAUCGCCGGCCAAGAUCAGGGUUUCCUCAUGGAGGAUCUAAUGCGAAUUGUGCUGACAGUACCCGAAGAGGUGGCCGACGAUAAGUACAGGCAUCGCAUGGACAGCCAGGACUGUGCGCGAUUUUACGCCCCAAGUUGUCCCUACAAUGUUCUAGACUUCCUUACCCAAAGUGGUGCCAAAUUGUAAACAUAGUGAGCCGAGAAUC